AUGGUGGAUACGAUUACCAAGAUUUCACCCAAUAUUAUACCUCCAUUGCCUCCCAUGCCGCUGCUGACUUCCACCACCAUUCGAGGAAUCCGACUUUUAAGUUCUUUACGCCCAAAAGGAAUGUACAAGCGUCCAAAGAGGGAUCCUUUGGAAAACUGUGAAUAUGUAUACCAUGGAGAUGGCUUAAGACGCGUUCCUCCCUAUUUUUACGAAUACAUAACUUUUGCAAAACUGCGAUGGUAUGGAAAAACUCUUCUUGAAGUGUUUAAUAAAGAGUUUCGAGAUCGUGAACCAGGAUAUUAUGAAAAGGCCAUUCGCAAUGGCCAAGUGAGUGUCAAUCAUAAAGUUGGAAAUGUGGAUACCAUCAUCAACAAUGGUUACAUAGUCUCACAUCACGCUCAUCGUCAUGAACCCCCUGUUUCUGAUCAGCCAGUCCGUAUUGUUCAUGAAGAUGAGAAAUAUGUUGUGAUAGAUAAGCCUGCUGGGGUUCCAGUUCAUCCUACAGGUCGUUACAACCACAAUACCGUUCUUCACAUUUUGAUGAAAGAAAAUAAAUGUCCUUUUCUUUAUCCUUGCAACCGGCUUGACCGUUUGACAUCCGGGUUAAUGUUUUUUUCCAAAACUCCAAAGGCCGCGGAAGAGAUGCGCGUCUACAUGAUUAGUAAGGCUUUGAAGAAAGAGUACAUCGCUCGAGUUAUUGGUGAAUUUCCUGCUGAUAGAGAAAUUACAUGCGAUGCUCGUCUGCUUACGGUUGCUCCUACUCUCGGACUAAACCGAGUGCAUCCAGAUGGAAAAGAAGCUGUUACUGUGUUUCGUAGAAUUGCUUUUGAUGGAAAUACCUCUCUUGUUCACUGCAAGCCUUUAACUGGAAGGACGCAUCAACUUCGUGUUCACUUACAAUACCUGGGCCAUCCCAUUGCAAAUGACCCAAUUUAUGCGAAUAAACGAGUUUGGGGCUCCUCUCUUGGGAAAAAUGGAGAUGGUGAUAAUACUUCUGUAAUUAUGCGUCUUUCUGAAAUCGGCAAAACGGAGACGGCUUCUCCUUUGUUACAGUAUGAAUGGUAUACGAACGAGACACAAGAAGAAGCCAAAGCUCGUAGGGAUAAGCGAAUUGGUGAACUCCUGACUGGCGAGCAUUGUCCGGUUUGUGGAACUCCCUUGUAUACCGACCCAAGUCCAGAGGAGCUUGGGAUUUGGCUUCAUGCUUUGCGCUACGAGAGCGAUGAAUGGUCGUAUAAAACGGAAUAUCCUGGAUGGGCCCUGAAAGUAAAGGACCGGGAUUCGGCUGCCUCUCCUUUACCCUAA